AAAAAUAUAUAUGUCAAACUGAAUCUGUGACUGAAUCUGAAAUAAAUCAACUUGCGAAUUUCAUGAAUUAUUUUCGUUUGAUUAUGUUUCACAAAUUACGAAGCUAAAACGUAUUUUGAACUAGAAUUAUACUGCUUCUAUUAAAGACAGAGGACCGAAGUACAUGAACUGAGAUGCAAGUGAUGUCUCUUAAGCCAAGGAAUGUGGACUUCCAGGAGAUGUGGGCUAGCCUCAAAGAGACUGUGGCCGGGGUAGUGGCAUUACAGGCAGUUGAGCGCGGCGUUUGGAACACCAGGUUCUCGGACGUGUAUGCGCUGUGUGUGGCGCAUCCCGAGCCGCUCGCCGAUCGUCUCUACGACGAGACCAGGAACUUUCUAGAAGAGCAUGUGGGGGGUUUGCUUCAAAGAGUACAACGUUCAGCACCGUUGGAAAGUAGUGACUAUAACGAUGGUCUUCUUAGCAGAUAUGUGUCAGCCUGGCACGAGUACAGCCAGGGCGUGGCCUACCUCAACUCCCUGUAUUCCUACCUCAACCUACAGCAUGUCAAACGACAGAAGGUUUCAGAUGCGGAAAUAAUUUACGGCUCUUCUGCGACUGUCAGCUGUCCUGAACACGAUUCGAGACAGUUGGAGGUGGGCGAGCUAGGUCUGGUGACGUGGGAGCGCGUGCUAGUGCGUCCGCUCGCCACGGCGCUCAGCUCGCGACUGGUGGCGGCGCUGAACGCGGCGCGAGACUCCUCCCCCGACCCCUCCACCGCCGACACUCUGCGCAGCGCCAUACACAGCACCGUGCACGUACAGGCGUUCCGCGUGCGCGCGCCGCUGUCGCUGUACGUGGAGCUGGUGCUGGAGCCGUUCCUGGCGGCGGCGAGCGCGCACCACUCGCGCCGCGCCGCGCACUUGCUGGCCGAGGGGGACGUGUCGCACUUCAUGAAAUAUGUACUCGAUGGUCUCGAACGCGAGCUUUCGUUGGCGCGCCGUUUCCUCCACUCGUCCUCAAUAGAGGCAGUCAGAGCAUGUUACGAGCAAGCGUGCGUGGAGGCGCACUUGCCCGCGCUGCAUGCGGACAUCGAGCGCCUUCUGAAGGAGGCCAGCGCCGGCAGCAUCGAGAGACAGGACGACUUGCGGCGCAUGUACGCCUUGCUCAAACCGCUGGGAGCCAACGCUAUGCGGCCCUUGGUGGAUGCGGCUCACCAGCAGGCCGUGAGGGAUGGCAUCGCGCUGCUGGACGCGGAGCAUCCUAAGGACGAGGCUCAUUCACACUUCGUGCAAGCGAUGCUGUCGCUCCAUCACAAGUACAGCGAGCUGUUCUCUGACGUGUUCGGUGGGGCGCAACCCUUUGUCGGAGCUUUGGACAAAGCGUGCAGCGCUGUGGUGAACCGGCGCUGGUCGGGCGAGUCGUGCGCGCGCGCGCCCGAGCUGGUGGCGCGCUACUGCGACGCGCUGCUGCGGCGGCGCGCGGCCGACGCGGAGGCGGACGACAAGCUCGCCGCCGCCAUCGUCGUCUUCAAAUACGUGGACGACAAGGACGUCUUCCAGAAGCACUAUGCGCGCGCGCUGGCCAGAAGGCUCAUACACCAGCUGUCUGCAUCCAUGGAGCAGGAAGAGGCAAUGAUCAACCGUCUAAAGGCAGCGUGCGGUUACGAGUUCACCAACAAACUGCACCGCAUGUUCACUGACGUGGCCGUCUCCGCCGACCUCAACGCCAAGUUCCAGCAGCAUCUGAGGGACAACAACCUGACUACCAACAGCGGCUUCUUUAUACAGGUACUACAAGCGGGCGCGUGGCCGCUGGGCGGAGCGAUGGCGCCGCUAGCGCCGCCCGCGCAGCUGGAGCGGCCGGCGAGACUGUUCGAGGCCUUCUACCGCGCCUCGUUCAGCGGCCGCCGCCUCGCCUGGCUGCACCACUUGUGCACCGGCGAGCUGAGGACGAAAUACACGCAGCGGAUGUACCACCUUAGCGGGACCACGCCUCAGUGCGCACUACUCCUAAUGUUCGAGAACGCAGACGUCGUGUCGGCGAGGGAGGCCCGUGAGACCUUGCAGGUCUCAGAGGAGGCCUGGUCCAGACACGUGAAGCCUUUGCUAGACGCGGGCCUCCUGACCGCAAAGGGGGACCUCCGUUUGGAGUCCCCGGAAAAUGACGAAGGCGAAUUGGCGUUGAAUUUAAGUUUCACCUGCAAAAGGACUAGGAUAAAACUGACAUGCGCGGCCGCACCUCCUAAUCAAGGCACCGGCACAAACAGCGGCACAAGCAGCGGCGAGACGGCGCACUGUGAUGACGACAGGAAAAUGUACCUACAGGCGGCGCUCGUUCGCAUCAUGAAACAGAGAAAGGUACUCCGUCACACGGAACUAAUACAAGAGGUGGUGUCACAGGCGCGCGGCUCGUUCGCGCCAUCUGUCGCCAUGAUCAAGAAAUGUAUCGAAGCGCUCAUAGACAAGCAAUACCUGGAGCGAGCGCCCGGCACGCUCGACACCUACUCGUACCUCGCGUAGAACGUAUACCGCCACCGUCUUGACAUUACUCGAGUCUUGAUACUUGGAACUGAGAUAGGAUUAUAAUAGGUUCUAUGUAGUAUGGUGCGGGUGACAGUUGUUAUGCAACUAGAGAUUUUUUUGAACUAAACCCUUUUACGCACGCUGGUGAAUGCUCAGACUGAUUACAUAAAGACUAGCCUUGCCUUACCUUAUCAGUCGAUUGACGUCCUCUGCUGGACAUAGGCCUCUUGCAUGGAGGCUAGCGGCUCCCUGCAACCCGCUUGAUAUCCUCGGUCUACCUAGUAGGGGUCGACCAACACUGCGUUUUCCGGUGCGGAGUCCAGCACCUUGGGACCCCAACGUCCAUCGGCUCUUCGAACUAUGUGGCCUGCCCAUUGCCACUUCAGCUUCGCGACUCGCUGAGCUAUUUCAGUGACUUUGGUUCGUCUGCGGAUCUCCUCAUUCCUGAUUCGAUCGCGCAGAGAAACUCCAAGCAUAGCUCGCUCCAUCGCCCGCUGAGUGAUUUUGAGUUUUCUAAUAAGGCAUAGUCAACGACCAAAGAAAAGACUAGCAUAGAACCCAAAUUCAUGAACAAAAUUGUCUUGUUGUUUUCUCGAGAGAUGGCGCUUCUAACUGCUAAUAUUUUUCAAAUUUCUCUUUUAUGUAUUGAUUUAUUUUUGAAAGAAGUUUUCUUUAGGGUCCGUACUUUUACGAGGAAUUCUUAUAGUUUUGGCCAUGUCCGCCUGUCUGUCCGUCCGCGGUUUAGCUCAGUGACUAUUACUACUAGAAAUCUGUAAUAUACAAUGAGUGUGUUACAAAUGGCAACAGUCAUAAAAUGAAAUAUUUUAUUUGGGUAUCUGAUGCCGUGCUGGUUUUUUAUAAUAAAUUAAUUUAAAUAACACUCACGCUAGUUAAAAUUGUAAAAUGGGGUACCUGAAUUUAUUUUUCUCGUUUUUCUCACAAUGUGGGGUAUUGAUGGAUAGGUAAGGGGUCUGUGAAAUACUAUUUUUGAUUUAGGGAUCCGUUUGUGAAAUACUAAGGUUCAAAGUGCAAAUUUUUGUUACAAGUCAAGUGUCCCCCCAAUUAAUCGGUGGUUUAUAGAUACGUGAAAAAAAUCACAGAAAGUUGGAUUUAUAAUUAAAUGAGAAGGAAAACUAUAACAUUUAAGUAGCAAUUGUCAGUUAAAGAGUUAGCCAACUUAACUAUAGGUUGUCAAUUUGAUUGCCUCCCAUGAUAUGCGGGCGACGGGCAGGGACGGGAAUCGUACGCGCGGGACAGAGGGAAAGGCUGCGCGGUUAUGAAAUCGUGCGCUUGGGGCAUCGUCACCCGCCUCCCGGCCCGCACGGAUCAUCGGGAGUGUUGCCAAGCUAUAAGCAUUGAUAUGUCAGCCACACCAUCCUAUAUUAAACGAACAAUAGGUUGCCUAUACACAACUUUCGCAUGCUUUAGACUUGCACAGGUAUACUGUAAAAGUGAAUUUAAAGAUGUUUGUGCAACUUUUUUGCUAUCGCUACAAUAGCGGGCAUACGAGUCACCUGGGCCCUUAGCCAUGCGGCACGUCGAUUCUCUGUCUACAAACGCUAACGCUUCGUAACUAACAGAACUGGGAAUGACAUACGAUCGACAACUAUACUAUAACUAUACUGUCUAUACUGAAUGUCAUUCCGAUAAUAUUUUUUAUUUUCGAAGCGUUAGCGUUUGUAGAAAUAGAAUCGACAUGCUUGUCACGCUUGAAAAAUAGCAUUAAAAUCACAAAUCCUGGAGCAAUAAUAAGUAUGAAAUAAAUUAAAAAAGAUUUAUAAAUAUUUUAAUCAUGUCAUAAAAAUCUCAUAUUAUCUAAUAACAUGGUUUAAACAUGCCUCUAUCAUAAUAUUUUGAAUCACUAUUUUUUUUUAAUUGUGGCAAUCCAUAAGAAGACGUAAAAUUAUUAGAUAUAUUAUAUUUGUGAAAAUAAAUAAAUUGUUUUUAUUAUUUCUAUGUCUUUUUAUAUAGGGGCACCUAUACAAGCAAAUUAUAUCAAAAAAACCUCAAUUAAUUAGGAUCUAGAAAAAGAGAUUGCUCUAUAAACUGAAUAUAAUCGACUUAUUUCUUUGUCUUAGGCAAUGCAUUAUACUAAUGCAAUAUAGUAUUCUAUAAACGCAGCAGUUGGAAUUGUUAAAAAUACUAUUACUAUUUCUCUUUGACUUGGGCAAUGCAAAAUUCAAAUGAAGAAUGUGCUUAUACUUUCGAAAACAGAUUUGGCUCAACGUACUUUUGGUAAACGGGUUUCGAUGUCACACGCCCUCCACCUGUGUCACUUUGAGUAAUUUAACAAUUGUGUUUUUGGUGCUUUACACACACAGGCAUAUGUGAUGUUACUUUACUAUUAAAUCCUAAACAAAACUGUCUUGAUAAUAAAACAAUUAUAUCAUACAUACGUUGAUUGUUGUAUUUUAACUGAUUUCAAAAAAGGAAGGUUAUUAAUUUGACUAUGUUUUUUUUAAUCUGAUAUUUAUUUUAACCAAUAAAUUAAACGAAAAUUAAAAAUCAUUUGACACGAGUAUUGAAUAUGACGGUGGGGUACUAUUUAUUAUAAAUACAUAUUAGACUUAAUUAGACAUCGUAAGAAUGGAUAAAUAAUUAUUAUUAAUACUAUAUCAGAGGAUCAUGGAUCUCUAUGGAUGAAGAUCACCAAAUUUUAAAUUUAUAUCCUUUGGUACAAAAACCUAUUACACUAAAUUGACAGGUGUAAAAAUAUUACUUAAAGGUACUGCUUAUCUUUACUGCAGAGUACUUUUUAACCGACUUCAAAAAGGAGGAGGUUCUCAAUUCGGUCGGUAUUUUUUUUUUAAUUUUUUUUUAUGUAUGUACACCGAUGACUGUGUCACCGAUGAUGAUGAAUGUUACGUAUACCGUGGACUGCCAAACGUACAAAUGUAUCAAUUCUUUCACAGCUUCAAAUUAAAACACGUCUCUCAACCAUCUGUCUACAGCGCAUCCUCAGUUAUUUUGGGCAUAUCACACGCCGUGGUAACGAUAACUUGGAGAAAAUUAUUAUGGUGGGAAAUGUGGAAGGCAAACGGCCACGAGGUAGAUCUCCAACCCGAUGGUCGGAUCUUCUCAAGGAAACAGGAGCCCGCACCUUUUACAGUGCCGUCCAAAUGGCCAGCGACCGUACUCGAUGGAGGAACAUUGUAUACCAAAAGAUGACUCGCCAUGGUGGUCACGAUCCUCAGUCAUGAGGGACCGACUGUAGAGAGAGACACCGAUGACUCAAAGACAAAUAAUUAUAUAACUGUUAUGUGCGCCUAUUGUUUAUAUGCAUAUCAGAAUUCUUUAAUAUGUGUAUUGUUGGCGUGCUUUAUAUAAAUAAAUAAAUAAAUAAGACUCCUGGACCGAUUUCAAAAAUUCUUUUUUGUUUGAAACGGUAUAGUCCCCAUUUGGUCCCAUUGCCAUCAUGUCAAGAUCUGAUGAUAGAAUCCUGGAGAAAUUUCGAAUUAAGACAACACUGGCUAAGCACCGCCUUCAUACUGAUCAGCAGGUAGAACAUAUUGUGGUGUUAUUUUUCGCUUUUUAGUUUAGUGGGUACGUUUUUAGGUUUUGAAGUCGGUUGUAUUUUAUUUAUUAAAUUUUUUAUUGAUCUGUCAAUUUUGUGUAAUUUAUAAAAUAGGCUGCAGCUGAAUUGACUAUUUAUCAAAUUAAAAUUAAAGGUCUUCUUGUUUCAAUAAGUAAUAAAUCGAAAAGUGUAGAAGUUAAAACUGUCAAUUUAGUGUAUUUCAAAACUGGGAUCGAUAAGCAAAUGGGCGUUACAUUAAAUAUUGUGCAUUGUGAAUUCGAAAAGUUAAAAUACCUAACUUUAGACUAUUUGUACCCAAAUACAGACUAUAGAAAUGACUCUAUAAAUUAUGAAUGCUUUUCUGAAAUGAUCUCAAUGGGCUAAUUCACUAUUAUGUCACUGUCAUGUAACAAAUGUCAUCCGGUGACAAAGUAGAGUCCUUUUCAUGAAAGAAGUCCCGCGGCUAAAACCUGAACUAAAAUUACAACGCCUUACAGAAAUAACAAUAUGACCGCCAUUACCAAACAAUGAACGCCAGACAUUAACAUCGCGUCUGGGGGACUUCUUUCAUGAAAAGGACUUCAUGACAUUUAUGGAUGACAUUUCUUAAUUGAUUUUAUGUUUAUUUUAGUUGAUAAUAAAGACCAAAAUAGUGAAUAGCAACAGAUCAUUUAAAAGACAGAUUGAUUUAUAUGCUAAACAAAGAAAAUUAAUUUUGUAGUAGAAGUACCCUUCGUGCGGAUUUUAACAAAAUAAGUGCCACAACUUUUCUCAGAUCUUUGCCUUUUGACGUGACAACGUCUUAUAAAUUGGUUUGCCGGGUGACACUUCAAGAAACUGCGUUACGCUCCGCUCACGUUAUGCGCUCACAAUGAGAGCGAGUGAGAGGCACGCGUCCCUUCCACUCGGGCAUGGUUAGCCCGCCUAAGAGCGAGAGAGACAGACAUAAAAAGUGAAAGGCACGCGUCCCUUCCACUCGAGCACAGUUAGCCCGCCUAAGAGCGAGAGAGAGAGAGUGAGAGAGAUAGGCAUACACACCGGUUGAAAUUAUGAAUAUUCACAUUAAAAUUAUUUUACCACUCAAAGUCGUUGUCACGUAAAACUUUCGCCCGUAUACCGACUUUACAGGCAACCAAUUUUUUUUUUCAAGAUUUUUCCUAAUCUUGAAAUUAUUACAGAGAGACCUAACACUUGUACCUACAAUGUAAAAAAUACAUGCUAUAGAAAGUAUUUUAAGAGCUGUUGUAUAUUGUAGUUUAACCUAGUUGUAAUCGUUAUUGGCUUUCGACUAUGUCAAACAUUUUCUGUUAAACUUAUACUGAAUAAACAAACUAUGUCUCAGAGGCCUGCUUCCUACUAAGCAUUUGCGUCAUAAUUUUUGCAGAUAAUGAUAAAAACAUAUUGUAGAGUCCUUUUCAUGAAAGAAGUCCCACGGCUAAAACCUGAACUAAAAUUAAUAGCGCAUUACACAGACAAUAAGACCGUCAUUACCACAUGUCAAUGAGCCGCUUUAAAUAAUCUAUCUAUCCGCCAUUUCGCUUACUAAAAUUAAGAAAAUCUAUCUUUCUGUUCUUAUGUACUUUUCAUUAACCUACUGACAGAUAGUUUGACUCUUGCUUGACUGUUACUGAUAAUCGAGGAUAGCUAUCUAUCCGUAAUUUUGGGUAGGUUAUUGAAAACGGCCGUAAGAUUAGCGCCGCGUUUGGAGGACUUUUUUCAUGAAAAGGACUAUAACAUCGGAAUCUACGUCAAUUAACUUAGAGUCAAAAUCAAGCGUUGCCUACAACACUAGUUUGACUAUACGUUGAUUAAAUGAUCGACUCGUCGACAUAGAUUGUGACAAAUAUUCACCAGAAUCCGAUGCUGUGACCUUGGGUUUAGAAACAAUGCUAUUUGCUGCGUACAUUUCCCUCCCUCACUCACUUCAAAUUAAGGCUUACCUGAAAAAUUCACGUACAUUUUUACCGUCGACACGUAAACUGAAAUUAUUGAUUACCUGAUGAUUUUGUUGCAUACUAAUAUGUAUUGUACCAUAAAUUAAAUUGCAUUUCAUUUCUAGAUAUAUCUAUAUUGAUUAAUAAAUAGCAUUUUCUUAGACUACUUAAAACUUCUGCUUUUAUUUUAAGUAGUCUUCAAAUGUAGUGAAAAUAUAAAAAUGGUUUGUUUAGUAUCUUUUUAUAUAUGUAUUAAACAUAACACUAAUAAAAUGUGUAAAACUUUGUGUCGCCGGUAGAAAAGGUCUCUUAUUUACUCGAUAAGUGGUGAGUUUAUACCUAAUACAUAAAUAAAUUAAUAAACAUUGUACGGAUGCCGUUAA